AUGAAUAAAGAAGAACGGGAUCCUAAUACUCAAUCAGUUUUUGUGAAAAAUGAAUAUUAUAGUAUAUGCGGAAAGGUAGUACCUGGAACUCAUAAUAAUGAAUUGAGACUAAAAAUGACAGUAACUUCUUCGACUCAUUUAGUAAUCAGAAGAGAUCUUGGUUCGAAUAGAUGUCCAUUGAAAACUUCAUUGGUAAGUGUCGCACAAGAUAUACCAAAGGAAGUUGAUGAAAAAUAUGCAAUAUUCAAAAUACUAGUUAAUGAUUAUGCCACUCAGCAUUAUAAUUUUAUUGUUAAAAUAGCAUUUCCAUAUAAUAAUAACUGA